GGGGCAAGGCGGUCAGUUGAAUGGAAGGGAAACUUAUUUAAACCGGCCUGAUGGUGCUCGCCUAUUGUGAAAGAUCCCGCUCACCAACAUGGACAAGACCGACUUGAAGCAACCUGCCAGUCACGUCGACUCCGAAAGUCUCUCCAAGAAGGAUGAUGUUCAGGAGGAGUUAGCGAGGAUGGCAGAGGAUUUGGCUGUGGAUCCCGUGGUCCAACGUCGACUUUUACGCAAGUUUGAUUGGUGCAUUCUUCCACCAUUGACAUUAAUGUACUUGUGUAACGCACUUGACAAAGGCAACGUUGGAAAUGCUAAGACGGAUGGGUGGGACAAGGAUGUUGGUCUGAUUGGAAAUCAGUACUAUCUCCUCGUCAUGAUAUUUUAUGUCAGUCAUCCGUAUCCUUUAUUAAUUACCGCCCCUGGCUCAAAAUCACUGAUAUCUACUUCAAGGUUCCGUUCUGUUUGUGAGCUAGUCACCCACCGUAUAUCACAUAACGAGCGAGUGCCAAUGGCCUCUAUUAGGUUCGGAACACCUAUUGCAAUAUUUGUGAAGCGAUUUUCGGCCGCACGCGUGCUACCACUUAUGAUGUCCUCUCCCGGCAAUCUCAUGGCACCAAUUUCCCCAGAAAUAUUUGCUAUUCGAUUUUUCUUGGGCAUCUUCGAGUCCGCUAUGUUACCGGGAGUGGUAUACUAUUUAUCCACGUUCUACAAACGGGGAGAGCUGGCGUCAAGAAUUGCAUUAUUCUACGCAGCGGCGGCAAUCGCUGGUGCAUUCUCAGCCUUGAUCGCAUUCGGUGUUUUCCACUUGCAGAACGGGAAGCAUCACGCUUGGCAAUAUCUUUUUUGGAUUGAAGGAGCGUCAACAAUUUUUUUCGCUAUCGUUUGUUUCAUAUGGCUCCCUCGCUCUGCGGCCACCUGGUGGUUGCUCACUGACGACGAAAAGGAAGUUGCUCGUCGAAGGAUUUUAGGAGAUUCAUCAGUGAUGAUCAAUGAAAAGCUGAAGGUUGGAGAAGCUUUCCGACCAUUCAAAAACCCUUUGUAUUGGGUUUGGGCUUUCAUUAGUUUGUCGUUCGGUGUGCCUUUGGCCAGCGUCAACAAUUUCCUUCCUCAAAUCGUGGCAAGUUUGGGGUACGACACACUGAAAACAAAUCUUUACACCGUUGCCCCAAACGUUGUGGGGACAGUUGCACUCCUAAUUCUUGCUUUCUCCUCGGACUACUUCAGGGAGAGGUCAAUUCACAUCUGUAUUCCCCUCACCAUUUCGCUCGUCGGAUUCAUAGUACUUGGAUGCAUCAAUCCCGUAGAGCGACGGAACAUCGCAUAUUUCGCAUGCUUCCUUUUGACCAUGGGUGCAUCGGCACCAUCGGUAUUGGUGGCUACGUGGUAUAAUAACAAUACACCACAGGAGAACGGUCGGGCGGUGGUCACAGCGGUCAUGGUCGCGAUAGCUAACGCGUCUGGCCUCAUUUCAACCAAUGUCUUUCGGGCACAGGAUGAACCCAAGUAUGUCCCCGCUCUCGCAACAUCUGCCGCUUUCGGCGGUGUUUGUUUGUUUGUGGUCGCGAGUGUUGGAGUAUGGAUGCGAUAUGAGAACAGAAGAAGGGAUGCCGCUCAAGGUGUAAAGAUGACGGCUGCUGAUGUCCCGACCGAAGCCCUAGGUGACGGGCCUAAAUCGCCCUCAUUCCGGUACAUGUACUGA